AUGCUCCUCUUCCUUUCCCUCGGCGCCGUGCUGUCUGCGGGCUGCGCCAUGGAGAUGAACCAGACCUCCAAGCUGCUGGCGGACAACCUGGAGCAGUGCUCAGCCUGCGACUUCCGGGAGCACAGCAAGCAGCUGAGGCUCCACAGCAUCAGGUCCCAGAUCCUCAGCAUCCUGAGGCUGGAGCAAGCGCCCAACAUCAGCCGGGACAUGAUCCGCCAGCUCAUCCCCAAGGCGCCUCCUCUGACCCAGCUGCUGGACCAGUACGACCCGCGGGUGGAGGACGAGGAGCACGCCACGACCGAGACCAUCAUCACGAUGGCAACAAAGCCAAGUCCCAUCUCCCAGGAGGAGCUGUCCUCCUGCUGCCUGUUCAGCCUCAGCCCGAAGAUCCAGCCCAAGAACAUCCUGAGCGCCCAGCUGUGGGUUCACCUGCGUCCGUCCAGCACCGUCACCGCCGUCUUCCUGCAGGUGUCCCGCCUCAGACCGACCAGGGCGGGCAACAGCACCCGAGUCCGGGUGCGCUCCCUGAAGAUCGACGCCGAAGCCGGAGCCAGCUCCUGGCAGAGCAUCGACAUCAAGUCCCUGCUGCAGGCCUGGCUGCGGCAGCCCGAGGCCAGCUACGGGCUGGAGAUCAAGGCUUUUAAUGCUAAAGGAGAAGACCUGGCCGUCACGUCUGCGGAGCCUGGAGAGGAGGGACUGCAACCGUUCAUCGAAGUAAAGAUCCUCGACAGCUCCAAGAGAUCCCGCCGAGACUCCGGACUCAACUGCGACGAGGAGUCGUCGGAGACCCGCUGCUGCCGCUAUCCGCUCACCGUCGACUUCGAGGAGUUCGGCUGGGACUGGAUCAUCGCCCCCAAGCGGUACAGAGCCAACUACUGCUCAGGCGAGUGCGAGUUCCUUCACCUGCAGCAGUAUCCGCACGCACACCUGGUGAACAAGGCCAACCCACGGGGCACCGCCGGACCCUGCUGCACGCCCACCAAGAUGUCGCCCAUAAACAUGCUUUACUUCAACCGCAAAGAGCAGAUCAUCUACGGGAUGAUCCCCUCCAUGGUGGUCGACAACUGUGGCUGCUCGUGAACAAACGUUGUGGGGGACUAAUCCACUGGGGGAAAUCAUAAAACUCUUCAAAACACCCAAUUUAAGGAGAUCAACGUCCGUAGAUUGAAGAACUUAAUUCACAUAUGAUGCAUUUGAAAUGAAUGGCUUUCUUCUUGAAGACUGAGCCAGAAACCAUGUUCCCCAAUGUAACACGGUAGCUUCAGUAAAAGAGAUCAAAUAAUAACAUGAACAGAGUAGAAAAACGUUCUGUUGAACACUGG